CGAACUUCGCCAGCAUGUCUGUGGUUACUCAAUGGCCUGCGCAGCGUUUGUCACAGUCAAUUUCAUGGGGUGGAAUCCAGGUCACUGGCGUGCAGGUUCGUGUUGGACAAGAAAUUCCCGAGGAAUUGCCAGAGGAGAUCCCUGAUGAGUUUGAGACACCACAGGCGAACGUUCUGCAGCUGCUUCCCAUUGAGAGCUUGCAGGAGCAGUUCCCUCACAACGCAAACCUGCAGCAGCAGUUCGCCAGUUUGGCGGCCAGCUUCCAAGCUUGGCGCCCCGUUCGAGGUGAUGGCAACUGCUACUAUAGAGCUGUGCUUUUUGCUUGGCUCGAGCAUUGCUUGGCUCUGGGACUGCAGCAGCCGCUACAAACUUUGGCAAACAAAUUACACAGUGGCAAGGAGGCUCAGUUGUGCCGAAGUCGGUUGAAAUGCUGGCAAAUGCAGCGGCAAAAGUGCGCAGAUGAUACUUCGGUCAGGGCUAUUUUGCAACGCUUGGCAGCUGAAUUCAACCGCAGAGACGUGGAUUACGCGUUUGUUUAUUGCCUUCGCCAAUUGGUGGCCAACUACGUCCGUCUCCAUGCAAAAGACCCGAUAGUCGGCCCUGUCACAGGUGCCGCAGGUGCCGCAGGUGCCGCAGGUGCCGCAGGUGCCGCAGGUGCCGGUGCGGUAUCCAAUGCGUUGACCUUAGAGAGCUGGGCCUUGGCGAUUUCUGGAGCUGUGAACAUCGAAGAGUACUGCCAGCAGCACAUUUCUUCCAUGCAGAAGGAUGCAGCGGAUCAUGUGCAAUGGGUGUGCCCACGAGUCUUGCAGACAGUGGUACGUAUAUGCAUGGUCGACCGUGAGACAGCCCGCUGUACCUUUGUCGACUAUGGCCAGGAGCAGCAUGUCCCCAGUCGAUCAUCCGAUGCUCGCUGUGUUCCUACAGCUGCCCAGCUGGCAGCUGCUGCACCCUCCUCGAUGCCAGAGAUUUUCCUGCUGCUGAAACCGGGUCACUACGAUAUCCUAGUGCCAAGGGACAAGUCGUUGCGAUUAUUAAGGCCUGAGGACAGCAAAACUCAGGAGUUUGGGGAGCUUUGUGCAAGCUUCAGGGCAGUCAUAAGAUGCCUGGAAGAGAGACUGGUCCACGAGCUGGUUAGUCGGAGCGACCGCAAAGAGUUUGAAAAGGACCUGGAUCUUUUUCAUGGACAGUUGAUCAGUGUUUUGGAGCCACUUCACAAAAUGUUGCAGGUCUCUCCACAAGCUGAGAUAUCUGCCAUGCGAGCUUUGCUGCCAUCAUUGGAUGACUUUCUGCAAAAUGUACAGCGCCAGGAGGUCUCGGGACCCCGGCCAAAGCAUGCCGUGCGAAGACCAGAGCGCAGACCAGACUGCUGCAUUUGCAUCAAGCAUGACGCAGAGAUCACCGCGAAGUGUGGAUGUUCAUAUCAUCGAAGCUGCUUGGAGAACUACGCCCGUAGUAGUACCUCUUGGAGUCAGCUGGCAUGCAAGUUGCACAGGCGCAUCUUCGGCCAUGAUUUCCUCAUGUCGCACUUGGGCGAUGCGGGCAUCAAGGCCUUGCUGCCUCCCAAGUCCCCGACUUCAUCGCCGCCAAAGAGGCCGCCUGGGUUGCCUGGGCAGCUCCCUGCACUGCCUGGUUCUCGCAUUUUGCAAAGCGGCAACCUGGGCGCUCUCGUGCCUUGCGUCAUUUGCUUCGGCGAGGACGGAGUUCUCAAGACGCUGCACUGUGGAUUCAAGGCUCACGUGCACUGUCUCAAAGACUUCUGGUUCCAGAAGGUUUCCACCCUUUGCCGAUUGACUGACAUCCGCUGCCCAGCAGAAUUGGCAGGAUGUGCAUCUAUGCUUCUGGAGGGCGAUUUGAGAGAUGUCAUCACCCCGCAGGACCUGCAACUCGCAGAAAGAACUGUCCAAGAAUUGGAUGAACGGAAUCAACGCCUCAUAGAGGAGUUGAAACGGCAAAGCGAAGAGUAUCGGCCUACCUUCAGGUGUGCAAUCUGCCUUGUGGACCAUGAGGUGGAAGGAUGCUGCACAUUGCCAUGUCAACAUCGCUUUUGCUUUGAAAGUCUCCAGUACCACUUCGAUCUCAUUGUGCGGGAGAGGCGUUUGAGCAAGCUUACUUGCCCGGCAGAGGGCUGUGGCUACAAUCUGAGAUCUGAAGAUUCGAUUCACAUCUUUCAGCAAUGCCUGCCAGAAGACUCCUACUUUAAAUUGUUGGAGUUUCUGACUUGCGAUGACCCCCGCAUUGUAGACUGCCGAGCCCUUGGUUGCGAGGAGCGUGUCUUCUGCGACGAAGGAGAUGACUUUGCAGACUUAGCCUGUCCUAAGGGACAUCGUUUUUGCGCCAAAUGCGACUGUGGACCUCAUCCACUUCUUUCUUGCUCAGCCAGACGCAGCCAAAUGGAGCAGGAAAAAUCGGAGGUGUGGUCCCAGGUGCUGUUGAUGGGCUGGAAACCCUGUCCGCGAAAGUGUCGUUUUGGUGGCGGCUACAAAUCACAAGAGGAGUGCGAUCAUGUCACUUGCGAAUGCGGUCAUGAGUUCUGCUGGGACUGUGGCAUCGACCGCCGCAUCCCUUUAGCGCAUGACAACCGGUGGCACAAACCAAGCUGUCGUUAUUUCACCAACUUUGACGAAGUUGCAGAGUUGCCCAAGUUUGAAGCUAAUUGCCCUGAAUGUCAAAGAAGAGCAGCCCACGGUGAAGCACAGCCUUGUUGCUUUCCAGAAGAUGAUGGCUACCCGCAUUCGUACCUGAAUUGAAGGGUCUCAAGGACGUGACGAUCCGGCAAAGCCAGACGUGAAGCAGCCAACUUCAUGGAUUUGCAGUUGCAGGGGCAUCAUGAUGGCAUAUCUGAAAGUUCGACCUGUACGUCUCCGAUGUGACGGAUGUGAUGCUGCAGCUUUGCGCUUCACUACCUCGACAUAAGGUUCCCGGAGAACGCCAAGCAGCCAAGCAUAGCCUCGUUCCGAAUCAAAGAGGUCAAGUCGGUCAAGUGAUCAGAGGAUAUCAGAGGUUGAUGGAGAGACACGACCGUCGAGAUCCGUCGGGCACGUUUGAUAAGAACACUUGGCGAGGAGCACGAGCCUGGACUUGGCAAGUGGAAAGAACACUAGCGUCACUAGCUGCCAGGCGUUCAAACAUGUUCAAAA